GGAGGCAACGUCUGAGCAUCAUCAUCGUUACGGACUGACGGCGGGCCGAACCAGGGAUACUACUGAAAUUUAUCCCGAACUACGAGCCUUUUCUCCGCACUGAAGUGCCUUAACAGCGGAGGGAGAAAUGGCACACGGAAACUUGAUGAGCCAGGCGGAGGACGUGGCCGACCAGUUCUUGCGGGUCACCAAACACUAUCUCCCCCACGUGGCCCGGCUCUGCCUGGUCAGCACCUUCCUGGAGGACGGGGUCCGCAUGUGGUUCCAGUGGGGGGAGCAGAGCGAGUACAUCGACUCUGUCUGGGGCUGUGGAGCCUUUCUGGCAAACUUCUUCGUCCUACUCAACCUGCUGGUUCAACUGGGUGGCUGUCUGUUGGUCCUCAGUAGAAACUUUGUUCAGUACGCCUGCUUCGCUCUGUUUGGGAUAAUCGCUCUGCAGACGUUGGCUUACAGCAUCCUGUGGGACCCAAAGUUCCUCAUGAGGAACAUGGCGUUGAGCGGAGGCCUCCUUCUCCUUCUGGCCGAGUGCAGAGGGGAGGCACGCAGUGUGUUCGCAGGCGUUCCUUCUCUCGGUCAUCAGAGUUCUCCAAAGAACCUCCUGCAGCUCGGAGGUCGAGUUCUCCUCGUCCUCAUGUUCAUGACGCUGCUGCACUUUGACCUCAGCCUGAUCAGUGUCCUUCAGAACCUGGUGGGCACAGCGCUCAUUGUGCUUGUGGCGGUGGGCUUUAAGACCAAGCUGGCGGCUCUAACUCUGUCCAUCUGGCUGCUCUGCAUCAACUUCACCUUCAACGCCUUCUGGAGCAUUCCAUCAGAAAAGCCCAUGCACGACUUCCUCAAAUACGACUUCUUCCAGACCACAUCGGUGAUCGGAGGCCUGCUGCUGGUGGUAGCAAUGGGGCCUGGGGGGGUCAGCAUGGACGAGAAGAAGAAGGAGUGGUGAGGAAGCCGAGGGGGCGGUGUAGAAAGGAGGAGUUUAUUCACAAUGAACAAAGAACUAAUGCUAAAAGAGGAGAGGAAGAGGAAGAAGAAAAGAUGGAUCACAUAUUUAAUUUGUCAGAAAUGAUCAGAUAUAAGCACAUUUAGACACAUAUAUCUACGAUUCAUUCACUAAUAGAGCGGAUGCUUUUACUUUAUUGGAGCAUCAAUACUCUAAUGGUUAUAAACAACACUGCCCUAAAGCAAAAGUGGAUGAUAGGGUCUAAGUUUACAUUUGCCAGCUGAUCACAGAAAACUAAAUUUUGAACUUUAUUCAGGACCAGCUUCUUAUUUAUGUUCUGAGUGUCUGUCAGAGCUACCUGUAGUGUUACUGUUCGAGUCUGCCCCUUUAAGACAGCUGAACUUAAGGGUGACGCAUGCAUUUGAUGUUGUCUGAGAGGUUUGUUAUGUGAAGUUAGUCUCAUGUGUCUGAGUCAAACAAAGUGAAUGUUCAGCAGAAACAGUAAAACUCGUGUUGGUUCUUCAGUUACGGCAGAAAGUAUCAAAAGAAACUCAGGUUCCAGUUCAGUGGAUGUGCUGAGGGUUUGCAAAUGAGUGAAUCAAGUGCACUCGUUUCAUGUAAAUGUACAGAAGCUGGUUGUUAGAGGAGAAAAACAUCAGGAUCAGGCAUUUGGUACAAAUAAUUGAUUUGGCAAAACUGUAUUGAUUUGAAACAGCGUUUUUUUUGUGCAUGUAAAAUAAAAGUCUAAACUAGAAAAGCACUCACAGAGCGAAGACCUGUGCCAUUAGCCCUAUCUCCCAAUAGUGAAGAAUCCUUUAAAAAUAUUCCUGGAUCGAUGGUGAUC